CUCAUCAGCUCACCAUACCCCGAUCUCGAAAACCAACUCCACCUCCCAGAUCUCGACCUACCCUACCGGCUCUUCGCCUUCGCCCUCACAGCCCUCCAUUCAACUCGGGAAGACUACGCUACAGCACCAUAUCUAGAAUCUUUCAACUGGAGCCAAGUCUUUUCACUCCUACAAGCACUCUGUCACCGAACCGACCAUACCUGGCGCCGAACAGAAUUCUACGUCGUGAUUUUCCGCUCCAAACUCAAGGCCAUUAUCGACCGAGAGCGCUUAGGCCUGCUGGAUCAGAAAUCCCACGAGGAGGCGUGUGCAAGUGGUGGGCUGUUGAAGUAUUGGUUCGGAUCGCCGAAUGCUGAGAGGAGGAAUCUAGCGACUUGUUUAUGGCGCAAUCAUGAAGAUGCUGUAGCCGGCGGAGGUGGACCCUGGCAUAAGCAAGCCCGCAUGGCCGCCCGCGAGAUGUAU